UGUCUGAAUGUGAAAAUCAGAUAUAACGGCUUCUGUGUGUUAGCGGGAUUUCUGUGUGUCCGUCUCGCCGCAUUGAAGCUGAAAACACAGAGACGUGAUGGACUCGACGCAUGAAGACCUGAUGAGGAGGAGCCCGCUGCUCUGGGGUUUGUCUCUCUGUACAGCAUCAAUGGUCUGAUGCCUGCUCGGGAGUCUGUGACUGGCGCAAGAUAAUUGCUUUUGUUAACAGGAACCCUGACUUGUAUUUCUGCUCGUUUUUAUUUUCUCAGAUUAAUGUAACGCUCCCGUUCUGUGGACUGGUUAUCUGCAGGGGUGCAGCUGAAUUUCGGGCCCCUUAUGCUCUGGGACACCCCCCCCCCCCCUUUUUAAAAAAAUAUAUAUAUAUAAUCUGUCUUGUUUUUUGUCUGGACUCUCCAUCUUCUUUAACCUCUCUGUUUAAAGUGCAGUCUGGACAAUGUGAGGGUAGAAUGAUCAGUCUGAGUGUCCUGUGUGCUGCUGCGCUCUGACAGCUGGUUUAUUAGCUGAGCUGCACUGUGUGUUGUGUGUCUCAUGCCUUGCUCAACAACACCACUAUGAUAGGCUCACCUGACCUGGUGGCUUUCACUAAAGAGGACGAGUAUGGGCAGACCAGUCCCGACCCCUGGGCUCUCCCCGAGGAGUUCUCUGUUCCCCUCUAUCCGCUGGCUGACUCCAACCCUUGGGCCAAAACCUCCUAUGCCAAGUUCACCAAAGACUUCAUCCUCAUCUCUGAGUUCUCUGAACAGGUGGGCCCUCAGCCUCUCCUCACCAUCCCUGAUGACCCUAAAAUCUGCGGCACCUUCGAUCUCAACUACUUCUCCCUGCGCAUCAUGUCAGUGGAUUACCAGGCCUCCUUCGUGGGGCAUCCACCCGGCAGCGGCUACCCAAGGCUCAGCUUUGUGGAGGACUCCAGGGUGGUGCUGGGCGACUCAAAGGAGGGGGCGUUCGCCUACGUCCACCACCUUACGCUUUACGACCUGGAAGCGAGGGGCUUUGUGCGACCGUUCUGCAUGGCGUAUGUUUCAGCAGAUGAGAGGAAGAUCAUGCUGCAGUUCCAAGAGCUGUCCCUCCGCUUCUCGCAGGCCUCUGAGUGUCUGAAGGCUGGAAACAGAAGAGCCUUCGCCAAGGAACUGCAGAGGAAGCUCCGAGACCUGGAGUACACUCACUCGGUGCUGCAGAGGGAGGAGGGUCUGCAGAGAGAGGCGGGCCCUCAGCGCAUGUACUCCGCUCACGCCGUGGAGAAGGCCAACGAGCUUGCCAACGUGGAAAAGAGCAUCUAUGAACACAGAGACCUGUUGAAACAGAUCAGCUUGUACAAUCGCCGCCCGCGCCGGGACCCUCACGCCGUCACCUGCCAGAAGUGUAUGUCCGAGUGCUUGAGCGAGUGCGAGGCGCUGCUGGACAAAUACGCCAAGCUUGCCAACCCCUUCAGUUACAACAACAAAGGGGAGAAGAGGGAGGAGGGUCAGGCUGAUGGUGGAGGAGGUGAUGGAGAAGGGGACGAGGAAGAGGACGAGAGCGUUAAACGUAGGCCGUCCUACACGCCACAGCUGAUCAAAGCUAAGUCCGCCAAGUGUUUUGACAAGCGCCUCAAGACACUCCUAGAGCUGUGUGAAAACACUUUCUACAGCGCCACCGUGGAGCUCCUGAAGGAGACGGAGAGGAGUUUCCGAGGCGACUUGUGCUACCUGCACACACGCCGCCUGGACAGGGCGCUAUGCAGGAAACAGAGAAUUACCAACUUCCUGUUUGAGGAAGACCUCGGUGAUGACGAUGAGGACGAAGGGAGAACACUCAGACCAUUCUGUGCUGUGAACCAUGCCGUAGACAACUACUCACUCUUAAACCCUCCUCCUAUAGUGCUGGGGCCAGAUCAUUUAGAGCUCGACUCUUUGGAGCCACCGGACCCGUUAGACCCAGCCUCCGAGACCAGCCAUACUCAGGAGAGUGAGCUUGGGCUUAGGGAGAGCCACCUGGAGUCUUCCCCUUCAGACCAGACUCUGGAGACCCAGGAGAGUUCGGAGGAGACCAAAGGCAGCUUUAGCAGUGACAAGAGCGGGCUGGGACAAUCCGAGAGGCAACAGAAUCUGGCUGGUAUGAAGUCAGAAGCUCCUGAUCCUGAUCCUGACUCUGAUUUGACACCGGACCCAGACCAUAACACUGACAUGGAGAGGGAGAGCAGCAGUGAGGAGACGGAGACCACUGCAGGAGAUGAUGAGGGUGACAACAAAGAAGACCAGACGCCCACCUCUUUACUGGAAGUGGUCUCUGGGCUGGAGGCCAGCAGGGAGGAUGUGUGUGAGGGAGAAGCUGAGGAGGUGUCUGAUCUGCUGGUUCAAAUAGACACGGCAUGCUGUAUGGCCCAAGAGGGUUUCCUUUAUGAGGCUUCUGCACCAGAAGCAGUGCCUCGCCUGAGCCAAAACUCCCACCCACAGCCCCUCUCUCAAACGCUGGUGGUCAACCAGGAGCCCCAGGCCCAGAUUCCACUCCAGGACGACUAUACUGUGGGUUCCCCGUGCUCAGAAAGCCCCGCAGCUGGGCUGGAGCUGCCUGUGGGGCUCCUGGGAGAUGCUGUUUCCCGCACCUCAGUGGAGGAUGGGUGGGACUGUACCAUGAGUGCUUCUACAGGGUCUGACCGGGCUGCCUCACCGCUCGGCUACGGAGGGACAGUGACCCUGCGUCAGAGGAAGAAGGCUGGACAAGGAGCCUUGAGGUUUGUGCGACAGUACCCGUUUGCCAUGCAAGCUCUGUGGUGUCUGCUGAGUGGAAGGACCCUGGUGGUGCUCGGGGCAGAUGAGGGGAGGGUCCGCCGCCUGGUUGCUGCUCUGGCCCUCUUCGUGCCCAGUCCUGGGAAGUGUGGUGAGAGGAUUCAAGCUUGGCUGUCCUGCCCAUUCACCCUUACUGACCUGCAGAGGUGGAAACUCAUUGGAUUGCAACGAGUGGCAUCCCCUGUGGGCUCCAGCAUGCUUUAUUCGCUGUCCCGCUACAGUCGCUACAUCUCCAUCCUGGAUGCAGACCAGAAGACCUUGCGCUGUCCACCAUAUCGCGGCCAACUUCUUGCCAACAUAGCCGACCACCGCACCUACAUCCGCCGUGGUUCCACCUACUUCCUUCACGUGCAGAGCACUCUCUGUCGCCUGGCAGCCAAGGCCUUCCUGUUUACCUUCACCCACCACCUGCACCUGCCGGUGAGCUCUACGGAGGGUCCAGAGGGCCUGGAGGGCCGACGCUGCUGCUUCCUGCAGGAGCAGCUGGGGCUGGGGGAGGAGGACAGCCACAUACUGCUCUACCUCAGCCAGCUCAUCACUCAUCAGUACCUACAGCCUGCCAACAGGAGCAGUGCAACAGCACCUUGUUUUAGUUUUAACUACAGCACCAGCGUUUUAUACAAAAUCUAAUACUAUACUGGGGAGGAGGAUUCACACACUAAUUUUAGCAGGAAUCACCUGUGAUCCUUUGGUUUUCUAAUGGACCAAAGGUGAUCUCAAUAAGGUCUAAAAUGAUUUUAGUUUCAGAGCAAACUGGUUUUGUUUUAUCUGUGUAAUCUUUCUGCCUUGCUAUGUUUUCUCUGGUCUCACUCUUUCCUCUGUGUGCAGGAAAAUAGGAAAUAGAGUGAGAAGUGAAUGUCAGUGAGUGGCGUAUUGACACUCACAAACACACACUCACCCACACACAUAGACAAUGUUGACAGAAACAGAUGAAGGUCAGCUCUACUUAUUGAGCCAUUUGUGUGUUUUUCCCCUCCAUGGAAAUAAAUGUUACUCGUGCUGGCUUUUAUUUAAGGUCAGCCUACGCUCACACACAUUAUUUUCUCAUCUUCGAAGGCUCAAUCCAUCAAAGGCUGUCUGUAUGUCGUAAGUGCUGGUCCGACCCCGACCAGCCUGCUAACAGGUUAAAUCACAGCUCUGUCAACACCCAGCAAUCACUGAGCCAUUUUAUCAGCUAUGAUACAGGAUCGUCUGAACUAUAAGUAAACUGUUUUUUUCAGGAUUGCUGUAACAAACUCGCAAAUGCUGAAAUUUUCCGCCUGUAGAGAUCAGACGUCUCUCUGAAUCUGUCCAUGAUAGCAUAAUGGCAGCGUGUAGGCUCGUUACAGCUGGUUUUGUGACAUGCCUCUCUCUUUGAAAACUAAAAGGCACCACAUAACUUUCAAAGGACAAACCCUCUCUGAAGCCUAAUCUUUGAUUAUUUUUCUCUUUCACUUUCAAAACACUUUCAGUUUUCUCUUUCAUACAUUUCUUCUCUCUCUAUUUCUAAUUUUGCUUGUUUGAAUGAAUUCUUGACAUUCCUGCAUUAAUGGAUGAACGUCCAUUUUUUUUUUGUUCCAAAUGGUGAUACGAUGUUGGAUUUUAGCUGAGUAGAUUUGAUGUUUGAGAGUAUGGAGGAUACAUUGCCAGAGGCUGCUUGGUUGGUUGUGAUGCAUGAAGAGAAGUGUAUUUGCUGUGUGAAUUAGAUCCAGUCAGCUCCGCGUGAUAAUUGCAUGUUCAGAAGAAUAACGUCACCACACACACACACACAUAAUCACCCACGAAGGGCCAGCAGCCGCCAAAACCUGCCCAUAUUAUCUGCUGGUGGGCAUUUUCAUGCAUAUGACUGUAAACAGUCAGGAGAAUUUUAAAGCUACUUAACCUAAAUGUAUUGAAUUUCACUGUUGUCUUAAAGUUGUGUGAGAGUAUUGUGGUGUCAGCAUGAGACUGUCUUGUGCCAGGUUGAAUUAUCGUAUUGAUAAUAUUUCUGUUUUGUUAUAUUUGGAGGAACUGACUCGGACGAGCUGCUGAACAGUUUGAAAAGAUGUUACUGAGACGGUGUUUUGUUUGCAUAGAUUUUAUUAUGUGACACAUUAAUUCCUUGUGCCAUCAAAAACAAAACUUUAACACCUGAUUGAGGACAGUUGCCUUCUGAGCGAUCCCUUGUUGGAUCUGCGUCAUGAACAAAACUCAACUGAUGUUGAUCGUUAUGCUGACGACGCCCUGAUUUUUGUGAUUGAAGGAUGAUUGAAAGCUGCUCAAGUCAGAAAUCUGUAUAUUUAAAUCGGCCAGUGAAACAACUCUGAAGAAGCAUCUCUGAUAGUAUUUUAGAUUUUACUGUCCCUCACUGAGUGGCUAUAAUUCUGUAUCUAGGAUGGUAACUGUACUUGUGAAUGCAUGAUCAGAGCAUUGAUGUGAAAGGUUGAACGAUGUUGGGAUCAUGGCUGCUGUCCUUCCUACUAUGAAGGCAGAUUUAGGUUUUAAGGCAUAUUUGUGUGUCACUGCACUGACUUGCCUCAGGCAAAUGCUUUUAACUAUGAAGAGUGACCUCACAUUUUAAUCACAUCUUAUGUAUUAUUUCAUUUUUAGUGCUAUUUUUUUUUUGCAUGUAACGUCUUUUUUUUUUUUUUAAACUGCUUAAAUAACACAUUUUUCUGCUCAGAUGUUACAGCAGUUGUUUUACCAGCUAUAGUCCCUCAAAUGCAAAAAGGGUGAAUGUAAUCUUAAUAAGCCAUACCACAGUGUGCUUAAUAUGUUGUCACUCAGUGUCCUUAAGUUGCCAUAUCAUGUCUUUCUGUGCACCUUUUGUAUGACAUCAUGAGGGGCCGGUGAUUUCAAUAGAGCACGUUGUGAAUGUCUUGAUGCUUUUAUGUAAUGUUGCUGAUAUUCAUUUAUUCCAUUAAAUUAU